AUGGUCUCCCUGACCAAACCAAUGUACACUGGAAAUAUGUCUUCGAAACUAUAUGAUAAAAGUUCCAAUAAGGAUGGAGCUCGUCCGUAUAAGAGCCGUGAUUACGCCAACAAGAUUUCGUCGAAUUUACACCAUUUCAAGAGAGAUGGGCGAUUUUGUGACAUAGACUUAAUAUCAGGGAAUACGAGAGUGAAGGCACACCGUGUAGUUUUGGCGGCAAGCUGUGCAUAUUUUGACGCAAUGUUUAGUGUUGGACUAGAGGAAAGCCAGAAGGGUCAUGUUGCACUGCCCAGUGUGCCUCCUGACAUUUUGCCAAUGAUUAUAGACUUUAUAUAUACAGGUGAAAUAACAAUAGACAAAACAACAGUGCAGCACUUGCUGAUAGCUGCAGACAUGCUACAGCUCCGAGAGCUGGUUACUGGAUGUGGAGAGUUCUUACGCAGAGAACUGCACCCUUCUAAUGCCCUUGGAAUUUUUAGAUUUGCAGAAGCUCACAACUGUCGCGAGUUAGCAAACGAGGCAUUAGAACAUGCACAGAUCAAUUGGAACAUUGUAGCCAAUGGAGAUGAACUCCUGGAGCUGCCACUGGCGCAGCUGGUCACUCUGCUGUCUUCAGAACAGUUAAAAGUUGACAAUGAAUCACAGGUAUUAUAUCCAGCAAUAAGAUGGCUGGAACAUGACCCGGCGGGCCGCAGGCGCCACUGCUUCGAGGUCCUCAGACACGUUAGGCUACCGCUUAUCGCACCGCAGAUAUUAGACGAGGCUAUAAAGAGCAUACAGGAUCCAUCAAUAGGAGUGGCUUUGAAAACUGUGACUGUAGAUAUGAAAACUGGUCGAGGUGCUCUAGUACCGCUUGCAGCCGAACCGCGUGCACGCGCUCGACGGUUCCUCUUAGUUGCUGGAGGAUCUACGGAAUUCACAACCAACCCUCCAGUGUUCUCUGACAAUAUACUCUCAUCUGUACUCAAGUUUGACUUGCAUAAACGCGAAUGGGAAGACCUAGAAUCAAUGGGAAUAGCAAGAAUACAACCGGGAGUAGCGACCUUAGGCGGGAAAGUCUACGCCGUUGGAGGGGAGCAGGGGAGUCAAAUACUAGCCAAUGGGGAGGUUUAUGAUCCAAAGGAAGAUAAAUGGUCAAAUAUAUCGCCAAUGAAAGAAGCAAGGUGCGAGUUCGGGUUGACCGGUUGGAACGGGAAUUUGUACGCAUUCGGUGGAUGGGUUGGGUCAGAUAUGGGGUCCUCAGUGGAGGUCUAUGACCCCGUUACUGACGAGUGGACGUUAACGGGGCGCAUGCCCGAACCUAGGUUUGGAAUGGGCGUUAUUACUUAUGAAGGUAUUAUCUUCGUGGUGGGAGGGUGCACGCACACAUGGCGCCACACACGUGACCUGCUCUGCUACCACCCCGUGUCCCGCAAGUGGCAUUCGUUGACGCCCAUGCGCCACGCUCGCAGCCAAGCCGCCGCUGUGGUCCUCGAUAACUACCUAUACGUCGUCGGAGGAAAUGCUCCAAGGCGCAGCGUGCUCACUUCCGUUGAAAGAUAUAGCUUUGUUGAGGACUCAUGGGAGGAAGUAGCAAGCAUGAAAGAAGCGCGAGCUGGGUGUGCAGCCGGCGCGGCGGAGGGGGUUCUCGUCGUCGCAGGAGGGGAUAGCGAGAGCGGGGGGGAACGGGCCUUCUACCGGGCACGUACAACUCUCCUUAGCGUAGAAAUAUACGACCCCCGCGACGACGUGUGGCGCGCCGGGCCGCCGUUGCCUCACUCCCGAGCCGAGGCAGGCGCCGCGCUGCUCUGACGAAAGACUGCGCCCGCGCAUUGCGCCACCCGGCCGACGACGAUCGAGGUACAAACCACGUUAGCCAAUCACAAGUAUACGCUGAGAGCUUUAGCUUAAUAAUACUGACUUAAUAAUACAUUUACUGACCGAUAGGGAUGGAAGUAUGCGUACGAAAAAAUAGAAUCAGUGUUCAUAUGUCCGUUUCAUUUCGUAGUAUAGCUCCAUCCUUGGUUUCGGUCACUAAAAUGAAGUAAGAUCUGUUUAAAUAUUUUUUGAGUGGAGAAGUGCUUUUGCCUAUUAUUUGUUUCCUUAUUAUGUAUCGUUUUAAUUUAAUUGACUUUCCAAAUGUUUAGUUUAAAUUUUAUUUUAUUUUUAACGCAAUGAAGUACAAUUCUAAUCAAUUGAGAUAGCAAUCAAAAAUUGUAGACCAAAUAAGCUACGUUAAGUAAAUCUUUGUGUUAUUUCUUUUUAAAUGCGAAAUUUUCAUUCUUAUGUAUUUGUAGUUACUUAGUUGACUUGUAAGUGAAUUACUUAUUCUUUGUUGUUAAAUGUUAGGGACAGGAACCUAUAUUAUAUUGCCAAUUUCUUCUGCUCUAAAAUUAAGAAGAGACGUUGUCUGUUUUGUACAUAAUCACAUGGAUUGAUGUGACGAGCGAGUUCGUAAUAGUGUUGUUGUAAAUCUUUCGCUUGGCAAAAGAAUUUGUAAGUUCUCGCGAGUAUAAGCAAGUCGCGUACUAAACGACCAUGACCAUUUUAUUGUAUGCAUUUGGUAGCCAGACGCCACGACCAGCUGAUGUCUAGCCGUAUUAUUUGAAAGUCAGUCGAACAUUUGUAACGAAACGUCAAGUUCUACAAUAAUAAAAAAUACAAUUUUCAAAUUUAAGUUCAGACAUAUUGUUGGGCAAUUACGCGUAACUGGCAUACGGUAUGAAGUUGCCAUUUCUGUAAGUGGCUAAACUAAAUCCGCGUAAACAUCGUGGCAACCAAAUUAACCUAAUUUACUGGAAUCUAUUGUUAUCAGUCCGUAAAUAACUUAAAUUAAUACUUACUGUGCGAAAAUUAAAGCCGUAGCCAUUGAAAUAACACAGUAACACUCCAGCAAAAAUUGGAUGUUGUGAAGAUACGCGCCUUUUACCAAUGCUUCAUACGCGCCAUUGCAUUAUCCUCGACAAUAUGUUUCAACGCUGAAUUUUACAUUUUAACCGCUCGUAAAUUAGACGGUAAAAGGGGUGAAUCGGCCUGACUCUAUUUAUGUUUUCAUAAGCGUCCGCACAUUGAUGGGGACUAGUGCACAAUGAACUCAAGUAUUACAAAAUGUUGUCAACUCAAAACAGAGGUGUCCGGGAAGUUAACAUUUUGCGCGAUAUUACCGUCGUCCAUUAUAAAAGAUGAUUUCCGGGCUACAUAUCUUAGCUCUCUUGAGGGUCUUAACCAGCAGUAGGCUAAUUGUCCGGACAAUGUAUUUUUUUAUAUUUAUCACUAUACAUUUUGAUCUGAAGUUCUUGUCGACCUCGUUUUAUGGCGUGUUUACACAGUAUCGACUGCCGCCUUCGACAGACUCACAUUACCGAAGUAGGCGCCAAUCGACUCCCUGUUUACACUGAAUCGACUGCCUUCUCUUCGGCAAUCGAAUUCGGCGGACAAAAGCGGCGCAGCCGACGCGCUGUUUACACCGAGUCGACUGUACACAGAAUCAUUAUAUAUACAAGUUUACGUACAGAGAUACAACAAACAACAAUAAAGUAAGUUCAACAAGUGAUUGGGUAGGUAGGAAUUCCGCAUCAUGGUGGAAUGCGACCGUCGACACGAUGAAACUUGUUGCGUGCCUUAUUCCAGCGUGACCAUGGUCGAGUUUUUGAAAUUUGACUAGACAGUAAAAAAGUCGUUAUUAGUCGGUUCUAGUCGUAAAAAAACUAUAUUUAUUACUCGGGCCGCCAUUCAUAAAUUAUAAGGGUGUUUUACUGUCCACCCUGGAAUACGCUUAUUCCAGCAGCACUAUUUCUCAAUCUCGAGAACCACACCUCCUAGCUUAACGUAACGUAAAAUGAUGUUUUAUAUUAACGUACAAGUUUCGUAAUGAAUAAAUGAAAACUAGAUUCAAAUAUCAAAGCCGUCUUUGG